AUGGUAAAUAAAGUGAUACCUCUCUCUUUGUAUGCUCAAUUGGGCGAUUCUGACAUAAACCUCCCAGGUUCGUUCGGGACAUAUCCCAUUGCCGUAUUAAACAAGUUCCGCGAACUGCAGGACAAGUUUGAAGCGAGUCCAGACCGAUUCCUCCGUUUCGAGCUGGCAUUCUACUUGCUUGAGUCUCGCAAGGCCCUGGGCUCGCUGCUGAACACACCCGUCGACUCUACCGUGUUCGUCAAGAAUGCCACCACGGGCGUGAAUACGGUGCUGAGGAACCUUGUCUACCAACCAGGUGAUGUCAUAGUCUACUUCUCUACCGUGUACGGUGCAGUGGAGAAGCUGAUUGCCUCACUGGCGGAAACGACUCCUGUUCGGGCCCGUAAGGUCAAAUAUGAGUUUCCAAUUAGCCAUGACAAACUGGUGCAGCGGUUCAUGGAUACCGUAACCAAGGCACGCAGUGAAGGAUUGAACGUCAAGAUCGCUGUUUUUGAUACCAUAGUUAGCAGUCCUGGAAUAAGGCUGCCAUUCGAGAAGCUCACGGAGGUGUGUAGGAAAGAAGGCAUCCUGAGCUGUAUCGACGGUGCUCAUGGUGUGGGUCAAAUACCCCUUGACCUGGGCAAGUUGGAUCCGGACUUUUUCGUCAGCAAUUGUCACAAAUGGCUUUUCGUCCCCCGUGGAUGCGCAGUGUUCUACGUCCCGCAACGCAACCAGCAUCUCAUCCGCACAACUAUACCAACCUCCCACGGAUUCGUGCCAGUGCCAGGAAUCAUGAAGACAGGCUCAGAGUUGGGCGAGGAAGAUGAACCCUUCGCUAAACCUAUAGACGCCUUCUUUACCCAGUCGGAUUUCGAACUACAAUUUGAAUUCAUCGGCACAAACGACGACUUGCCCUACCUUUGUGUCCCUGACGCUAUCAAGUACCGCCAGGAAGUAUGCGGCGGCGAAGAGAAGAUCAUGCAGUAUUGCCAGACCCUUGCCUUUGAGGCAGGGAACCGUGUGGCCGGGAUCUGGGGCACAGACGUGCUUAGUGAAUUCUGCUCCUCAGGAGGCGACCUGGACGUCACAAAGGAGAAAAGAAGUGAAUUCCGUAAAUGCGCGUUUGCUAACGUGCGGUUGCCGAUUACGCUUGUAGAUGAUCAGAAUGUGCCGCAGGGGAAGCUAGUGAAGGCUGAAUGGCCUGUUGUUCGAAUGGCGGAUGCGGUGCCUACGUGCAGGGCGAUGGAACAGAGGCUGGUACUGAAGCAUAGUACGAUGUCUCCUUGCUAUGUGCAUGCUGGGUCGAUUUGGACGAGGCUUAGUGCCCAGGUAUACCUUGAGGUAAGUGAUUUUGAGUGGCUGGCUAGUGCGUUCAAGAAAAUCUUUGAAGAGCUAGCUAUUCAGGGUGGUAUGGCCAGUCUGGACAUCAAUCCGAAGCUAUAG